AUGUCAGAAAUCUGUAUCUAUUCAAAAUCUGAUGAAACAGUAAACAUAACAUCGUAUGGAAAUCCAGUUUUAUCCAAUAUUAAUAAUGAACAUAAAAGACAUGAAACUAAUGAUUUAUAUAAUAAAGCAUUAUGGGUUAUAUCUAAACUACAAAACAAUGAAUCUAGCAUCCCUGUAGAUGUUAAAAGUAAUGAUAACCAAAUGGAUAUUACGCAAACGAAUAUUGUAAAUAAUUUAUCUGUAUCAACAAAUCAUUUGAAAUACUUUUUAAAAAUGAGUAAAAUUAAAACAAAGUUAAAAUCAAGUGAACAUUUAAUUUCACCAGUUAGUGGUGUUUAUAUUCUGCCACCAGAAGUAUCUCAUUUGAAUAUAUCUAAUGAAUCAAGUGAAACGAAGAGUUGUACAUCUAAAAAUAAUGAUAAUAAGAAUGUAUUCUCUGUAAUUCGUUCAUUGAAAGCAACAAAAAUGCUGGCCAAAAUACCAAAUCGUAUUGGAGAAUAUAUAUGUCAGUUAUGCUUUAAAUGGUUUCCAGAUGCUUUCAGUUUAGCUGAACAUCCAUGCCCAUGUAUGGCUAAUUUAGCUUAUCCAUGUGAAAUAUGUGGUAAAGUGUUCAACUGUCCAGCUAACUUAGCAUCACACCAGCGUUGGCAUAGACCUCGGACAAGUAAUCAUAAAAGUAUUCACAGAAAUGCAUAUGAAAAACAAAACCCCCAGACCCAAUUAAUAAAUAUAAACAUAUCAAAUAAUUAUAAUGUUGACAAUUUAUUGAAGCAAAAUCAUAUACCAAGUGAAUCAGUAGAUCGACAGAAUACAUCAUUUUAUUCAGAACAUAUUAAUAAUGUGUUUAGAACAAACAAAAGGUACAAAAUACAAGAUGAAGAGGUCAACGCGAAAAUCAACAAGGAAGAAGAAAUGUACAAUAACUUUGAAAUGAAACCAGAGAUGCCCGACAAUCAUGAACCACCAGUAACGUACACAGCAAGCACUAUGCACAUCUCCACAAAGAUUCACUAUUCCAGCUCAUCAGUAAAUAUCAAAUGUUCAACUACUAAACGAAUUAAUCCAUUUUCUGUUGAAGCACUUUUAGCUUGA